AUGUCUGCGAGCGGUGAGGAUGACAUGGGUGUUGAAGCAACCAAUACAGCCGACGGGACUUGUGACAUGGAUGUGCAGAAAGAUGCGACGACAGAAUCUGCCGAGGAGGACAUGGAUGACUUUGGUGAUUUCGAAGAAGGCGAUGCACCAAGUGCGACUUACGAGCGCGAAGCACAUGUUGACUCGAAUGUGACAAAGCACACGUCCACGAGUCAUGUAUCAUCGACGCUGAAACAGCUGCCAUUGGGUAUUGAUUCGAAUGAUAUCUCGAUGCGUGAGGCGAUUCGUGAGCUGCUGCCGCGCGAAUUCACAAACGUGCAUGCUUCCAUGUCCGAUGGCAGUGCAAGUGACGUUGUCGAAGAAGGAAUGCGUCAAGUGGAAGGACUAUCGCAAGUCCUUGUUUCUGAACAGAGUCGCUCCAUGUUUCGUGAACUUGAUUCCAAAGAUAUGCCUAGUGCGCCACUGGAUUGGCGCCGAUCACAUACCCGCCGCCAAUACUUGAUAUCCUUGGGCGUUCCGAUCAAUUUGGACGAGGUACUAGGAAAUGGCCCCACGAAAGAGGCCCUUCCACCACUUCAACUUAACCUUAUGACAUCAGAUCAUGAUUCAUCGUCCCUGUCGGUCCCUGCACGGCCAGGUGCGCCGAAAGUUUCAUCGAAAGAAAGUUGGGGCGAUCAUCGACGACGCCAGAUUGGUCUACAUGAGCCAUCUUUGCCAAUAGGCAGGAUCGAGAAACUUUUACAGCUGUCUGAAGAUGACAUCAAACUGCUGACGUUACCAGAACUUCGCGAACUCUUCCGCGAGAUGGAGUCUUUAUCGAAACGAAUGGGCGAUGCACUGCAAUACCAUCUAAUGAUCCGCGAAACUUUCUCCACAGAUAGUGAAGUCUAUCACGGAAUGAUCCGCGACCUUGUCGCUGGCGCAUCUAACAAAGUUGCAGCUCGCGCAAAGCAAGAGAAGCGUGGCUUCAUGGGCGGGCGAGGAUCCAAAAAUGAAGAUAUUUCGCGUCCUGGCACACCAGCGUCUCGAUAA